AUGGAUGAAAUCCUAUGGACACUGAUGAGUGUGCGAGGUAACAUCGAAAUCCAAUUCCGUAGGGCAACAACUGUCUGCAAGAAUAUUACCAAAGUUGUGAGUGAAGAAAGGGAGAUUAUGCAAGAAGAUACCUGGUACUCUAUGGUAUUUAACCAAGCUUCCAGUCACAGUCGCAUGCAAGUCUCUAGACCAGUAGCGAAGGCACUCAUUGUUGGCGGAUGGGGUAAUUGA